AUGGGCGACGAUACAUCAUUUGGCCCUCGGCUGUUGGGCCACUUUGAUUUCACCUUGCUCUUUGAGCACAUCAUCUUUCAAAUCAUUCCCUCAGCCCUCGUCCUCUUUGCAACGCCCUUUUACCUUCACAGGUUGAUCCGCGGCACGGCUCUCAUCCGCCCCGGCUGGCUCCUCCCCGUGAAAGUCGCGGCUGCCAUUGCUCUCGUCGCGUUUCAGACGGCAAACUUGGUCCUGUGGUCUUCAUCCAACCUCGAGCAUGUGGAUCUUAGGCUGGGUCGAAUCGCUGCCGUGUUUUCCUUGCUCAGUGCAAUCUGCAUUGCCAUCAUUACCGCAUUUAGCCACGUCUACUUCCUUUCAUCUUCGACCUUUCUUGGUCUGUUCCUCACCAUGACACUCCCCGCAGAUAUUGUCACCACCUUGUCCUAUCACAACCGCCCGGGCCUUGUGCUAAUGGCACGACUUCAGAUCGCUGUGCCAGUUCUCAAAUUCGUAAUACUUGGACUCGAAGAGGUUUCGAAACGUGCUCUUAUUCACUCCCAAAACGUCCGCAAUUCGCUAGGCAGUGAGAAUCUCGCCGGAUUUUGGAACAAGUCCCUGCUCAUCUGGCUGAACCCCCUUUUGCUUUUCGGGUUUCGGCACAAGAUUACAAGCAGUUCACUUCCAGCUCUUGCCUCCCAAUUCGGGUCUGACAUUCUACAUCGCGAGUUCGAGACCCACUGGAAAUUGCGCGAAAAGAAAACGUCGAGAUACGCCUUGGUGAUUGUCCUGUUUAUGGCUAUACCCUGGCCGCUUUUAUACGUACUCCUUCCCCGUCUGCUCGUGACUGGGUUCACGUUUUCACAGCCCUUUCUACUCCAAGACAUUGUGAACGAGGUUUCGACAGAAAAUUCAUCUGUCGACGUUGAGCAUGGUUUAUUAGUGGCUACUGCUAUCAUCUAUACUGGCUUAGCGGUAUCGAGGUCAUGGUAUGUCUACGUAAAAAACCAAGUCCGAAUCUGUGUGCGAGCCAUCUUGGCGUCCGCCAUCUACCAUAAAUCCUUGAGGCUUGACGCUACUGAAUUAAGAAAGAAAGCGGCAGUUACACUGAUCAAUACGGAUCUGAAAGGCAUUGAUCAACUUUUGGAACUUGGUUAUGAGAGUCUCGCCUAUAUUCUUGAAAUUGGACUUGGCAUAGCGAUGCUUGCGAGAUUUGUCGGCGCUGCCACAAUAUUCGCAGUUCUUCCUACCGUCGGUAUGAUCUCUCACUCCAUAACCUUCUCAGGAAGGUCAGUUACUCACAAGGGAAUAGUUGCAACGGUUCUUGUUUUGUUUGUGGCCAAGAAAAUGCUGGUGACUCGUCGCAAAUGGAACGAGCACAUUGCGGCCCGCGUCGAGACUACAUCCAACAUGCUCGCCCAGGCCAAGGAUGUCAAAAUGAUGGGACUGGCGCCUGUCUUUGCCCGUGAGCUUCAAGAUAAAUUCGAAGUUGAAACUCUAGUCGCCAUGAAGGACCGCAACUACUUGACUGCCUCUUUGACUCUCUCGGCGUUUGGCGCCUCCGUCACCCCGGUGCUCGUUGUGGCCGGCGCCCUUUUCUGGCGUCUGGUAUCGCAACCCAUGACCGCUUCGCGCUUCUUCACCAUACUUGCCUUUGUACAGCUUGUUGCUCAGCCGCUUGCCCUGUUUCUCGAGUACACCCCAUAUUGGACAACUGGCUUUGCCGCGAUUUGCCGCAUUCAAGAGUUUCUGGCCAUUCCCGAGGUGCAAGACCCGCGAGUAUUUGUCUUUGACCCCAACGCCAGCGUCGAAAAGGGCCACACAAAUCGGCAUGCACCGGGUACCCUCUUUGCGGUAGAGAUGUCGUAUGUUUGCGUCACGUCAGACUUUGCAGGCCCAAUCCUACGGAGCGUCUGCGCGGGGUUUCCAUUCGGCACCGUCGCCAUGAUAUUCGGCCCCGUUGGAUGUGGCAAAACAACUAUGCUCAAUGUAAUUUUGGGAGAGGCCACGAUCAGUCACGGUGAUGUGAAGCUGGCAUCCGAUUCUAUAUCGUAUUGCAGCCAAGUGCCGUGGAUCCAAAACAUGACAAUCCGACUCAACAUUGUUGGUCAAAAAAAGUUUGACGCAACCAAGUACGCAAGAGUAAUCUAUAUAUGUGCUUUGGACGAUGAUCUUCAACAGAUGCCCGAUGGUGACGAGACCAUUGCCGGUACGGAUGGUUGCAAUUUGAGCGGUGGGCAAAAGUCGCGUAUUGCGUUGGCGCGAACACUCUACCUGGAGGCGGACAUCAUGCUUUUGGACGAUCCCUUCAGCUCUCUGGAUAAAGAGACGGCGUCGGCGAUCCGUCUGAGGCUCUUUAGCGAGAGCGACUUGACCCAGGAUGGACGCACGACAAUCAUCAUGACGACCAGCGUCAAGGCGCACCUCGUCGACGCCGAUAUCCUCUUCCGAAUUGCUGAAAAUGGCGAGGUUGAAACAGCCCCAAUAACACUGCGGGAACUCUCUCCAGACUCGAUUAUGAAGCGCAUGAAUUUACCGGAGGACAAGAUGUACCGAGUGCCAAGCAGCCAAGCAGAGGAGCUCCCUGCGGUUAAAGCAAAUGACAAUACACGCGAUCCUGCGUGUGCCAGGCACGCGGGAGACUUUUCGCUCUACUCUUAUUUUGUGCGCCCAGCAGGUGCGUUUCAACUCAUGUUCUGGUCGACUCUCCUGGUGCUCUCCGCCGUGGCAGAACGCAUGCCCCAAAUCUUUGGACGCAUCUGGAUGGAGACGGAUCCUACCAAUGAUGCCUACUACGCCGGUUAUGCCUUCUUCGGCGUCGCCAACCCGAUUAUGCACAUCCUCUCCAUUGGUGGGUUCUAUCAUCUUGUCAAUGCAAAGGCGGUCAACGCUCUGCAUUGGGCUCUGGCCGACACGACGAGCAGAGCGACGUUUGAGUUUAUCAUGGAAGAAGACGCCAAUUUCUUGCUCAACCGAUUUAGCAUCGACACGUCAAUGGCGACGCAGACGCUGCCCACCACCAUCAUUACUGUGGUUUGGUGCGGCCUCACUGUGCUCAUCGACGUGGGCGUGAUUGCCUCGGGUGCCAGCUACGCGUCACCCAUUAUACCAGUCUUUCUCCUCGUCGUAUAUGGCAUCCAGCGGUUCUACCUGCGCACCUCGCGACAGCUGAGGGAGAUGGAACUGGAUGUGUCCAAAUUGCUGACCAGGCACAUGGUGGAAACUACAGCUGGGAUCGAGCACAUCCGAGCGUUUUGCUGGCAGGAGGCGUUUACGAAGGAAUUCCAUGAGAUUCUGGACGUCACCCAGAAACCUUUUUAUUUUCUCAUCUCCAUCAAUCAAUGGCUCCGUUCUGUUAUGGAUCUGAGUACGGCUGCGUGUGCCGUGUCGAUUGUCGGUCUGGCCCUCAACUUUCACAACACGGCGUCGCCUGCUUCGAUGGGAUUGUCACUUCUGAGCCUUCUCUACUUUAGCGAGACUGCUGCCAUUUUUGUGCGAUACUAUGUCAACAUGGAGAUGGCUUUCGGCGCUGUGGCACGCAUCAGAGCCUAUAUGAAUCACACCCCAAAGGAGGAAGAAUGGGACUGCGCACCGGUGCCGGAUGAUUGGCCGUCGGCUGGCAAACUGGAUUUCAGCUGCGUGGGCGCAGUCUACAAGCCGGAUACUGAGCAAGCGCGUAAAGUGUUUAGGAACGUAUCCGUUACAGUUGAGCCCGGGCAGACCAUCGGAAUCAUUGGUCGAACUGGAAGCGGCAAAUCAACACUACUACUUGCCCUCUUGCAUUUGAUACGAUACUCGGGGACCAUCCACAUUGACAAUCGCGAGGUCAAGAGCGUGCCCCGAGAGCUUCUCCGCAGGCGCAUCACGACGAUGACGCAGGGCGGUCUUGAGCUCAACGGCUCCGUCCGUCUCAACAUGGACCCGUUCCAGCUUCGCACGCGCGGCGGCAGUCGGGGCACGGUCCCGUUUCCAAGCGACGAGGGUCUGGCGGAGAUUUUGCGCCAGGUCGGGCUCUGGAGCCAGGUUGCGGACGCGGGCGGCCUCGACGGCUCCAUGGCGCGGCUGAAGCUGUCGCGCGGGCAGAAGCAGCUGUUCCACGUUGCGCGGGCCAUUCUGCACAAGCGCAUGAUGGGGUCCAAGAUUCUGCUCAUGGACGAGGGCACCUCGAGCAUGGACGCGGACACGGAAGAGGCCGUGGCGCGCCUCGUCGGUGACGCCUUUGCCGACUGCACAAAGGUGUUUGUGGGCCAUCGGCGCGCUCUGCUGGCAAACGCGCACAUUAUUCUGCGCCUUAGCAACUGGGCGGCGGAUCCAGAGGUCGUCCGGUUCGAGGAUGGGAACCAGAGGAGCAGCAGUGAGAGUGGGCAUGACAGUGAUCAAGAGCGGGUGUGGGCGCAUCUGAGCUAG